AUGGAGCACCCGCCCUCAGAUACACGGCCUUCUAUGAGAAGGAGGUCUAAGCUGUUUAACAUGCGUAGCGCGACUUGGAUAUACCCUCUCAUGGGAAUUGUAUAUUUUCUCCGACAUCGAUUUCUCUGGCCCCUAUUCCACGCUCGGCUCCUCCCCAUAGCGCUCCUCUCCGCAUUUAUAUAUACCCUUCUCUUCUUAUUCACAUAUGUGCCGCAAGUCGCGUUCCUGGCGAUCUUUCAUGGAUGGGUCGGUGCCUGGAUCAACGGGGCCUUCCUUGUCCUCGGCGAGGGUGCGGCCAUCGUCGCCCUUCUUUUCGAGGCGUUCUUCGUCGAUGAAACCCAGGUCGACGUGUUUGAUGCUGUUCUCAUCGAAAAAGGCAACAAGGACCUGGUCGGUGCCACAAGGCUCUUACACCCGGAAGCUGGAGAUCCGGUCAAGAUGCUAGGCAAACUGAGCACAAGUGCGGUAUACGCACCGUUUUCAUUUCGGCAGAUUUUGGAAUUCAUUCUGCUCCUACCGUUGAACUUGGUUCCAGUAAUUGGAACGCCUUUAUUUCUUGUUCUUACAGGAUAUCGGGGCGGUCCGUUCCACCACUGGAGGUACUUCCAGCUCCGCGAUUUUACUAAAGCUGAGAGAAAAGAGUUCAUUUCACGGAGACAGAUGAGGUAUACAAUUACAUCGGUCGGUUCGGCCCUCUGGGCUGCUGAUAUGGAACGACGCAGAAAUAUCCUUGACGAGAGGGUGAACCAAGUGGAAGCUGAAUAUCGUGAUGACCCAGUGUAG